AUGCAGGCUUUCGCACGGUGCGCCCGGCCGGCCCUGCUGCGCCAGGUCGCUCGCCGCGCCUACAGCACCGAGUCCAGCCCCUAUGCCGCCACGAUCGGCAACCUGCGCAUCAACUCGGACACGAAGGUUCUCUUUCAGGGCUUCACCGGCAAGCAGGGAACUUUCCACGCCCAGCAGGCCAUUGACUACGGCACCCAAGUUGUUGGUGGCACGAACCCCAAGAAGGCCGGCUCGACACAUCUCGGCCUGCCAGUCUUCGCCAACGCCAGUGACGCUGUCAAGGAGACUGGCGCUACUGCCACGGCGAUCUUCGUUCCCCCUCCUCUGGCUGCUAGCGGCAUCGAGGAGGCCUUGAACGCCGAGAUUCCCCUCAUUGUGUGCAUCACGGAGGGUAUUCCCCAGCAUGGUAAGCGAGCUUCUACUUGGCCAGUUUGCGCCGUUUACGUUGACAUGCUCCGCAUCACCAACAUGCUCAAGACCCAGUCCAAGUCCCGUCUCGUCGGCCCCAACUGCCCCGGCAUCAUCGCCCCCGGCCAGUGCAAAAUCGGCAUCAUGCCUGGAUUCAUCCACAAGCGCGGCCGCAUUGGCAUCGUCAGCCGUUCCGGCACCCUGACCUACGAGGCCGUCAACCAGACCACCUUGGCUGGCCUGGGCCAGUCCCUCGUCGUCGGUAUCGGUGGUGACCCCUUCAGCGGCACCAACUUCAUCGACUGCCUGAAGGUCUUCCUCGCCGACGAGGAGACUGACGGCAUCAUCAUGAUCGGCGAGAUCGGUGGCUCUGCUGAGGAGGACGCUGCCGAGUUCUUGCGCGCCAACAACACCGUCAACGGUGGCAAGCCUGUCGUGUCCUUCAUUGCCGGUAUCUCGGCACCGCCAGGCCGUCGUAUGGGCCACGCCGGCGCCAUUGUGUCCGGCGGCAAGGGCGGUGCUGACUCCAAGAUCAAGGCUCUCGAGGCCGCUGGUGUCGUUGUCGAGCGCUCCCCGGCUGGUCUGGGCAAGGCUCUGCGCGACGAGUUUGUCCGCCGCGAUCUGCUGUAA